CGCUCGCUCUGGGAUCCUGAAGCACGGACUCGCGGAGAGGAGCAGCUUCGCUUCCUUGCAGGAUUUAUUUGUUUGUGGAAAAAUUCUCUUUUGUUUUCCGUUCUAGAGCAGCGCGCUUUCCGAAUGUCGACGACUCGCUCGGACGGCCCUUCUCCACUCGCCAGGCUUUGCAUGUGUUGCUUUUGUCCUGCAGGAGAGAAGGCAGGCUUUGUGUUUUGGUGGAUCUAGAGCUGAAGGAGGCAGUGCCAGGCGCUGCUGCUGCUGCUGUGGGCUGGACCUGCCACGGAUGGGAAGGUGUCAGACUGCACUUAAACAGAGUGUUGGGUCCGUGAGGACAGCCAUGUGGAGACCUGUUACAGCUCCGUUGGAAGACACUUCAAGUGAUCUGCCAGUUUGUUUCCCUUAAACGUGGUCUGAAUUUGGAAGUUUGGAUACUUUCCAGUUUGGCAACCCUUAACAGGAUUCUAUUUUGGAUUUUUGUGCUUGUGGAUAUAUGCAUUUUUCUUCUGGAAUCUCAUGUGCGUAUUGCAUUUCAAGCAAAGUCACAUAACAUCAGCCGGUUGUGGGAUUUGGAUAAUAGCACAUCUCACACUGGAGUUCAGUUAUUAAGCUUUCAAUUACAGGCGUUUGUUGGGAAUUGUGCGAGUUCUGCAUCCACAACUGAGCUUGAGCCAAGAACCUCCUUUCUAGGAAGUGUUCGUUUGAGUGUGUCAUCUGGUGAAAUGGAUGGCCCGCGGUGCAGCGGGAUCCGGAAAAAACGGAAGUCUCGGUCCGUGCGAGACCGGGAGCGCAUGUCUAACGGGAUCAGGAAUAAUCGUGUCCGGGGACCCGUGCUUCGAUUCUCCUCGGAUUCUGAGAGGGAAGACCGCACCAACCCCUCCUCCUCCUCACGACCCAAGCCACCGAGGAGGAAGAGGAAGGAGUCUACCUCUGCUGAGGAGGACAUCAUUGACGGAUUCUCAAUAUCAGGAUUUAUAACGUUGGAAGCUCUUGAGAAGGACAUGACCCUGAAGCCCCACGAGCGGAGGCAGAACCAGGCAGGACCGCUGCGCAAGAAGAAGCCCGGCCGAGUGCCGAACGGACUGAACAUAGACCUACACAAAGACCGACUCAACCACAACAACCACCAGCACCACCAGUCAGACCAGGAGAACAACCCUCGCCUGGCCCAUACACAUGGCAAGAAGAAGAAACACCUGCAGAAGAAACACCGACCUUUGAAGCCGGGCCAGAACAACUGCAAAGACAGCGACAGUGAUAGCGUCAGUGGAGAAUCCAAACCCUCCAUCCGGAGCAGCUCCAGAGACAGACUGACAGACUGUGAAAGCGAGAGUGACCAAGAAGACAAGGGCUCAGAUGCCAGCUCAGAGAAACUCUUCAGCACAGCUGCAGUUAAAGUUCCAGAUUUUAGCAUUGACACGCUCUCCACCAAUGCCAGCCAGGAGCUGCGUGGCCUGGCCAUUCCCAAGGUGUCAGGCCUAGAGCGCAGUCAAGAGAAGAGCCAGGAGACUUCCCGCGAACUCUCCUCGGCCACCCCCUCACUGGUGCCCACUUCCCAUUCCAAACCUCCCCUCCCCACCCCUCUUCAUCUCCAGCCACCCCCCUCCAACCGGGGGUUACCCUUGCCCCCAAGUCCAGCUCAAACCCAGCACCCUUGCCCAGAGCGCCCAGUUAGAACGCUCACGCCAGCUACUGCUCUGCCUCCAACCCAGAGCCACAAGCCCACUCAGGCACCCCCGCUCCAGCCUCGGGACCCAUCUGAACCUCCAUCUAACCCAAGGCCACCUCGAACCCCAGGCAUCUACCACCACCCCCCAUCACCAGUGCUACCAGCCCAGCAGAACCCCACCAUACCUGUGCAGCACAGACCACCCUCACGGUGUCACCCGCGCCCGAUUUCAGCCUACAGUGGCAGCCUUACCCUUAACGGCCUGAGUAGUCGAAGCAGCACUCCAGGGAAGCCCCCGGGCCCCUCUCCAGCCCCUCAUCUGCAUCAUCACCAACCUGCCCCCACUGGGGCAGCAGCGACCUUCCCCCUGCCAGCGAACCCCACGGCUUCGCACGCCUUCCCCCCCUCCCUGCCGUCCUCCACUCUUCCUCAUCACACCAAUAUGUUUGCGUCGCCUGCUGCUCUGCCUCCACCUCCUCCUCUCACCUCAAACACUCUGCCGGUCCCCGGACACCCAGCUGGGAGUGCCUACUCAGAACAAGACAUUCUCCGGCAGGAAUUAAAUACUCGUUUCCUGGCGUCUCAGAGUGCUGAUCGCGGGGCAUCACUGGGUCCCCCUCCAUACCUGCGGACUGAGUUCCACCAGCACCAGCACCAGCAUCAGCAUCAGCACCAGCACACACACCAACACACACACCAGCACACCUUCACCCCUUUCCCCCACGCCAUCAUGCCCACGCCUGCACCGCCCAUGGUGCGUACCCCAGCCAGAAAUUUCGACAAAUACCCCACUAAAGUCGACCCCUUCUACAGACACAGCCUGUUCCACUCUUACCCCCCAGCGGUGUCUGGCAUUCCUCCCGUCAUCCCGCCGACGGGGCCCUUCGGAUCUCUGCAGGGAGCGUUCCAGCCCAAGACCUCAAAUCCUUUAGACGUGGCAGCCAGGCCUGGAGCCGUCCCACACACACUUCUUCAGAAAGACCCUCGGCUGACAGAUCCGUUCCGGCCAGUUCUCAGGAAACCAGGAAAGUGGUGUGCUAUGCAUGUCCAUAUAGCCUGGCAAAUUUACCAUCACCAACAGAAAGUAAAGCAGCAGAUGCAGGUUGACCCACACAAGCUGGACUUUGGCCUCAAACCGGAGUUCCUAUGUCGACCCUCAGGCCCCACCCUUUUUGGAGCCAUCCAUCACCCUCAUGACUUGGCACGACCUGCAUCGCUUUUCUCAGCAGCAGGGUCCACACAUCCCUCAGCUGCACCUUUCGGACACCAUCCACAUCAUCCUAGCAACUUUCUUACCCCAGCACCCCACUUAGAGCCCUUCAGCAGACCGCCUUCAUUUGGAGGUCUGGCCUCAUUAAGCACUGCAGCUUUUGGUGGGCUGGGAAACCCAGCACUCACACCCAACUCUGUAUUUGGUCACAAAGAUGCACCCAGUGCACAACAGCACUUCAGCGGACCCCACGAGCCAUGGAACAGACUCCACCGCACGCCGCCGUCCUUCCCCACCCCACCUCCCUGGCUCAAACCAGGAGACUCAGAACGCAGCGCAUCAGUCAGCUCACAUGAGAGAGAACGAGAAAGGGACAGGGAAAGGGAAAGAGAACGUGACCUGGACAAGAGGGAUUCAUCAGUCAACAAGGAUGAUAAAGAACGGGAACCUGCUGAGAAGAGGCACCAGAAUCACCAAUCCCCGAUUCCUGUUAACCCUCUCACUCUGUUGGGUCACACUCGGUCAUCUGAGCCCUCCCGGAACCACAUCUCUUCCAGCGAGCCUCGGGACAAGGACAAGCCCAAAGAUCGUGAGAGAGAACGAGAGCACUCAGACUGGAAAGACUCCAACACAGAUGAGCACAAGGGGAAGGAGAAUCACCACAAUGACAAGGACAUUUCCGUCAUCCACGAUAGCCGAGUUUCUGAAGACAAGCCAGCCAAUCGGGUUACAGCGUCACCCUAUAUGCGACCAGGCGGCAUAGAUCGGGUGAACGGCGGGUUGACUCGAGACGUUCUGGAGAAGAAAGCUGAGAUCACCUAUGAGAAGAAAAACAGUGAGGUGAAGGUGAAAGAAGAGAGGAAAGAGGAACAGGACGGUCCCACGGAAAGAACACCAGAGCAAAGAUCCACGCCACAAGCACCUCCUCCUCCCGCUGCUCUCCACCCUCCAUCUUCAAUGCCGGUACCCAUGGGCAUGGCCAGCAUGCAUCCCAUAAACAGUAUCAGUAGUCUGGAGAGGACUCGUAUGGUGGCCCCCUUUAUGGGUAUCAGUCCCAUCCCAGGGGCGGAGAGGUUUCCCUAUCCCGCCUUUCAUUGGGAUCCCAUGAGGGACCCUUACAGGGGACUCGACAUCCACCGGAGGGAUCCAUUAGCUCGGGAUCUGCUACUACGGAAUGACCCUCUGCACCGGUUAGCAGCGCCGCGGCUGUAUGAUGCAGAGCGCUCAUACCGAGACCGUGAGCCUCAUGACUUUAACCGAGACCACCCUCACGGACUGACCUUGGAACAGCGGCGGGAACAAGAGAGGGCACACCUAGAAGAGAGGGAACGUCUGCACAUGCUCCGAGAGGACUAUGAGCAAGGCCGUCUGCACCACAUGCAUCACCCCGCUUUAGAUGGACAUCUCCCUCACCCUGGUCUCAUGGCCCCCGGACUUCCCAGCAUGCACUACCCCCGUGUUAGCCCCUCCUCUGCUGUGGCUGCUGCCGCCCAGAACGGAAUCCUCAACAAACCCCCCCCCACCGCAUCACUCAGUGCCCCUCCCCCUCUUAUCCCAACGCUGGGAGCACGUUCCACGUCUCCCAGACGGACUACCCCACUUGGCACUGACAUUAGAGACAGACCUCCUUCACACACACACAAAGACAUCGAGGCACGGUGAGACCCCCUGAUGGACUAUAAUGGAACUCAAAAGCAAGCACUUGAGGCUGUAUUAUAUCGGUGUAUAGAUUGUGCAUUACUGAUUUUUGUGCGUUUUUGUUUUUGUACAAAAGACUGAGAUUUUUUCAUGCUCUUUUAUCCUGUUCACUCCUGCGUUGGUGUGUAUUCUUAAACAUAUACAGUACACUGAUCUUGAGCAAGUGGACAAAUGUUAGAUCUCCAUCAUGGAAAAGAUGAUUUUGGAAUGUACAGGUACCUCAAUACAUGGACAAAAGGCAAAACUAUGUAGAUAUGUGCAAAGUCUGUGUUUUCUCCCCUUGAGGGAAAACAAUGUAAGGUACAAAUAUGCAAAUGGAUGUUAUGAAAGCUUUACUUUGAAAUGCUGUACAUAGUGGGCAGUGAUCAAAAGGAGAGCGAGUGCACAGGCUCUGGUUUUAGUUUAAUGCUGCAUAUUAAUGGUUUUGAAGGAUCAUAUUGUCCAAGAGACCACAUCCCUUCUUUCAACUAUGCAACUCAUGCGUGGGCUCUCUCUGUAUCACGUUUUCUCUCUCCUAGAGGACUAGCAGUCUCUACUGAACCCUCACAUUCUCCUUUCAAAGCAACAGUACAUGCUUACACACGACUUACAAGAUUGUUCCUAGAUGGGAAUUUUCACCAAUGAGUAUUACUCACACUGAAGCCCAUCUGGCAAGCAUAUCCCCUAACUCUUGAUCCAAAAACAAGCUUUUGUUCGACAAGAUAGAAAGAAAAAUAAAUAAUAAUAAAAAAUCUGUGUUGACAAUCCUUACAAAUACACAAAUGUUUCAGGAACCUAACAAAACCUAAAUUCGCUGAAUUACCUCUAAAUCAGAAGACGGUGCAAACAUGACAACACAACCCUUCAUGUCACGAGAUGUUUUGAGUACAGAAAGCAGGACAAUUCCCUAUUGGUCUAACUGUGUAUUAAAAUAUUAUGUAUCUACACAAUGAUAAAGUGAGUUGUAAGCUAUGGAAGUUUGUUUUUAAUGAGCAGAGAUCUAUUUUAGUAGUCCAUGGGAGGGAUAGUUGUGCGCUUUUAAACUCUGUGAAAUUCAGAUGUUGUGCAGUGCUUUUUUUUUUUUCUACUUUUUUGUUUUCUUAAAUCAAACAAUAAAAUGUCCACUGAAGCAGUAGUGGGUAGUCAAUACGUAUUGCAAAGAGAUUGUAAGAAAUUUUUUGCUGUUUAUCAUGUACGUAAAAAAAUGAAGUCCUUUCUAGAUCAUGUACAAAAAAAGGGUGAGGCGACAGCAUGCUCCUCAGUUAAACUUGUGUUAUGUAAAUUGUGCCAUGUUAUUAAAAAAUGUGAACU